GGUGAUAGAACUGGCUACAAUGAAGCAUACCUUAGGUCGACUCAGAGCUCUGCAGAGGUGGCAGAGAGACGGAGGUGUGAUGAUAAUGGGGUAUGACAUGUACCGCAUCUUGUCAUUAGACUGUAAAAUCAACAACGACGAGUGGAAGGAGGAGUUUUAUCGCACACUUGUGGAUCCAGGUCCCGACUUUGUGGUUUGUGACGAGGGGCACAUCCUGCGUAAUGAUGGCUCUAAUAUCUCCAAAGCUAUGAAUGCCAUCAAAACUCAAAGAAGAGUGGUGCUGACUGGCACGCCACUGCAGAACAACCUCGUUGAGUACCACUGCAUGGUCAAUUUCAUCAAGAAGAACCUUCUGGGCUCACUGGGCGAAUUCAGAAACCGCUUCAUCAACCCCAUAGAGAACGGCCAGUGCGCUGACUCCACCCCGAAAGAUGUCCGAAUCAUGAAGAAGCGAGCACAUGUACUGCAUUCAGUGCUAGGCGGAUGCAUACAGAGAAGAGAUUACUCGGAGCUUCGACAGUUUCUGCCUCCGAAGUAUGAGUAUGUGCUGGCAGUCAGGGUUUCCCCACUUCAGUAUAACCUAUACCGAUACUACCUUGACCAUUUCACAGGUGUAAGCUCCUUACAUAACAGCAAAAAGAUGAGGCCUGGAGCAAACCUGUUCAAGGACUUUCAGGUCCUCGGCCGAAUUUGGACUCAUCCGUGGUGCCUUCAGCUCAGCUACCUGAGCAAAUUAAAGAAGAAGAGUAAAGGUAAAGCAGGAGAUCUGCCCAAGGAUGCAGAGACCCCUAUGACUGAGGCUGAGGGCUGGUGUGAAGGAAUGAAAGAGAACGAAGGACAAGAAGGGAAUAACACUCACAACAGCACACCAAUUAUUGAUGAUGUCAAAAUUGUCCGUGCAGUGGAAGCAGUAGAGAAUGCACCCAUCAGCUUGAAGCCUCCGAGUCCCGAUGAGCGCUGGUACAAGGAUCUUCUCUCUGAAAGAGAUGCCAAAAUCCUGGAGCACUCAGGGAAGAUGGUGCUCUUGUUUGAGAUCCUGAGAAUGGCUGAAGAACUGGAGGAUAAAGUGAUUGUGUUCAGUCAGUCGCUGAUCUCAUUAGAUCUGAUUGAGGAUUUUCUUGCGGAUUCUCAUCGUGCCAGAGACCCAUCAGCAUUCAAAGCGGGCAGCUGGGUUAAAGAUGUUGAUUAUUACCGCUUCGAUGGUUCCACCAGUGCCACACUGAGGAAGAAGUGGGCAGAUAAGUUUAACAAUCCUGAUAAUGUCCGCGGCCGAUUGUUCCUCAUCUCAACAAAAGCCGGCUCACUUGGCAUCAACCUGGUGGCUGCUAACAGGGUGAUCAUCUUUGAUGCCUCAUGGAAUCCCUCAUAUGACAUCCAGAGCAUUUACAGAGUGUACCGCUUUGGUCAGCUGAAACAAGUGUUUGUGUACCGCUUCUUGGCCCAGGGCACCAUGGAGGAGAAAAUCUACGAUCGGCAGGUGACCAAGCAGUCGCUGUCCUUCCGAGUAGUAGAUCAGCAGCAGAUUGAGAGACACUUCACCUUUCAUGAGCUGACUGAACUUUACACGUUCAAGCCAGACCUGCUCAACGAUCCAAACUCUAAGAAAAGCAAAAGACCGGCUUCUGUGUUGCCAAUGGAUACGGUUCUGGCACAGCUGCUAGAAGACUGCAAAGACCACAUAGUGACUUACCAUGAGCACGAAUCCCUGCUGGACCAUAAACAAGACGAGGAGCUCAGUGAGGCAGAACGGAAAGCUGCUUGGGAUGAGUAUGAAGCUGAGUCACACCCAGCCAGUGUUCCAGAGACUUCUCACCAAGAUGAUUUGGAUUUAAAGACCAAUGAGCAGCUAUUGGAACUGCUUAACAAAAGCAGAACAACUGUUUCAGUGACCUUCAUGGCACUGCAGAAAAUGAGGAUUCACACUGUUGAGGAAUACAUGUUUCUAAUGCGGCAGCAGUACCCCCAGUUGCCUGAGGCCGAGGUAAAGAGCAAAGCUGAGGUCUGGAGACAAUACGAUCUGAAGAGGCAGGAACAUUUAUAUGCUUUUUAUCGAGACGCUCUUGGACAGCAACAAACGCUCACAUUCAGAAUACAAAGCAUACUGAAUAGUCGAAGAAAUGAUGCGACUCAGAUGACUGUGAAGCAGCCUGGACAGACUUGAGCAAGAAAAUUGCGUCUUUGUAGGAGGAGAAAUUUGUAGUUUUUGUUUUAUUACUUAUUUCCUCCAGAAGAUUGAAUGUUUUACAAGAGUAGUUUGCACUGAGCUUCCAAAGUUGUUUAAAACUUAAACAACAGGCCAGUGGUGUCACUUUGGUUCAGCACUUUUUCAGCCUUUCACAGGAAACAUUAUCAUGUAUGUAGUUGUUCACCUGCUUGGCUGUUUCGCUGCUACCAAAAGCUAACUGGUGAACACUGGUAUGUGCCUUGAUCCUUGACCUGUUGAUUAACUCUUCUAAUAUUUUUCUAUAUUAAAUUAAAGUUAUAUAGUAAAUAGUGCACCUUUUAUAUUUUCCUUAUCUCCUGUCACAUGUUGAUCGUAUUGAUCAUUAAAUAUGACUUUUCAAAUAA